UCAGCUGAUAUGUUGUGAUUCGUGAAAUGCUACGAAGUGGUUUAUUUGGAAAAUCUAGUUAAAAAGCAAGGAAAAAAAAACAAAAAGCAUUGUUCACGAGCUUCAAUUUAAUUUCCAUAUCUCUUUUAUUGGAUGAUUUAUUUCACUUUAAUCAAUUCUGUCGUUGGAAACUCAAAUUCAAAAUGAGCUACCAAGACGAAGAAGAACAAAUGGGCUAUCAUGUGGACUCAUUCCCAAAGGAUUUCGGGUAUGGAGCAUUUGAACCGGACAACGAUAAUCAGAGUGUCAGUGAGUCGAAACCACGCAUCCUACUCAUGGGCUUGCGUCGCUCUGGCAAGAGUUCCAUCCAGAAAGUAGUUUUCCAUAAGAUGUCUCCCAAUGAGACACUGUUCCUCGAAUCGACAAGUAAAAUAGUAAAAGACGACAUCAACAACAGCAGUUUUGUUCAAUUUCAAAUUUGGGACUUUCCCGGUCAAAUUGACUUCAUCGAUCCAACCUUUGACUCGGACAUGAUCUUUGGCGGGUGUGGAGCACUGGUGUUCGUUAUUGACGCCAAAGAUGAUUACAAUGAAGCGUUGACUAAAUUCAAGAAUACAGUUAUCAAAGCGUACAAAGUCAAUCCGCGAAUUAAGUUUGAAGUUUUCAUACACAAAGUCGAUGGAAUAAGUGAUGAUUCGAAAAUGGAAUCACAACGUGACAUUCAUCAAAAAGCCUCCGAUGACCUGAGUGAUGCUGGUCUAAAUCAAAUCCACUUAAGCUUCCAUCUAACCUCAAUUUAUGACCAUUCAAUUUUCGAAGCGUUUUCAAAAGUAGUUCAAAAGCUUAUACCGCAAUUGCCAACACUGGAAAAUCUCUUAAACAUUCUUAUUUCGAAUUCUGGCAUUGAAAAAGCUUUCCUCUUCGACGUGGUUUCAAAAAUAUACAUCGCUACCGAUUGUUCUCCAGUUGAUAUGCAGUCAUAUGAGCUAUGCUGUGACAUGAUUGAUGUGGUUAUUGAUCUAUCAAGUAUAUACAGUUCUGAGGAAACAGCAUUCGACUGCAAAAGUUCUAGUCUAAUAAAAUUGAACAACAGCACGAUACUCUAUCUGCGAGAAGUAAAUAAAUUCCUAGCACUGGUCUGCAUCCUGCGUGAGGACAAUUUCAGUCGGCAGGGUGUUAUCGAUUACAACUUCCUUUGCUUCCGGGAGGCCAUAAGUGAAGUGUUUGAACUGAGAAUGAAAAAUCAGAAACUAGAAACCUUGGACGAACAAGACGAAGACGAGGAAGAAGAGGAAGAUUAUAAGAGUGCAACUCUGAUCAAUGGUGGAAACUCAAUUGUCAACUCAGCGAAUAAUUCAAUCAUUACUUGAGAGAUUUAAGGAACAAACAAAAAAAACAAAACUUAAUUAGUUACCUUUCUUUCUUUAGUCUAAGCAUCAAUGAUUUAUUAUAAAUAAUAUUCAUGUGUUAAAGCUUAUAUAUACUUACUUUCUUUUGUUUAUCACUGAUGCUUCUUUUUUAUUUUAUGUGCCUUUUUUUUUAAAAAAAAAAAGUUUUAUUAAUUCUUGGUUUACCUAUAUUUCCUCUCUUUGUUCUUCUUCUUUUAUUUAAAGUUGUUAUUACCUGUACAAAAAGCUUUUAGCUCAUAUUUCUUGUUUAUAACCAACCAUUCAAAAAUAUACAACAACAAAUGCUUAUAAGAACGGUUAGUAUUUAGCCAGCUUAUGCAACAAAAAAGGGAAAGUAUAUAAUUUCACUUUCAUUUUGUAAUCUUUUCAAAACUAGUUCGCUGUUAGUGCUUAGUAUUUUUCUAAAAAAAUAAAAUGAAAGAGAAAAUGUCAAAAAAAGAAUAAAAUUAAAAAAAAAACAUUAAAAAAUUAAGUAAUACAAAUUCGAACAAUUUAAAAAAUAAAUUUAAAAUUAACUCAA